AUGCCUGACCAUCUUGGAGCUGACAUGCGAAAGCAAAAGAAAGACAUUGACGCCGAAGAUGACAAACCAUUUCAAGCACUUGAUGAAGGUGAUAUAGCAGUAUUGAAGCGGUAUGGUCAAGGACCGUAUGCCGAACAGCUCAAACAACUGGAGACUGACAUUGAAGAAUGUGUGAAGAGGGUUCGUAGUUUGUUUUGUGAGAGUCCAUUAGAUGUCCGAACCGUUGAAUUGGUCACGAUCUUGAGCCAUGCUAGCCUUCUUUUGCUCAUGGGGGGGGGGGUCCACUCGAUGACAGUUUGUUCUGCGACAGCGGGAAGUGUUGGAUAUUGA